UUGCUUCCUUAAUCAUCCAAUUUUAUUUCCUCCCUUCUCAAAUGAUUUAACUUACACCUACAGAUAUGUAUGACUCUAUUCAUCUUUACUAGCAAUCAAACAAUUUCCAUUCUUUCCUCUUUGCUGGCGGCUAUUCGAACAAAUAAGAUUAACGCGCUUAAGUUUCGAUGAAGAAAAUCAAAAGGCAAGUUAAAUCCAUCAUUGAAAAACCUUUUAAUAAUCCUACCAAACCCUAUAUAACCCAUUCACAGCCAACUUCAUCUUCCUCACAAUCCUUUGCCAUGGCGUCAUCUUCACAGCCUUUCAUCUUCCCAGGUACCCAAUCCACUGUUCUACCUGACCCGUCUCCUUUUUUUGCUCCUCAUCUCCUCACACACCCUUUGCCCACUAAUUCUUUCUUUCAAAAUUUCCUACUCAAGAACGGUGAUCAACCUGAAUUUAUACACCCAUAUAUCAUUAAAUCGUCCCUUUCAUCUCUUACUCUUUGUUACCCAUCUCAGUUCCACAAUCCGGCUUUCAUUUACCAGAUUUUUAUUGCUGAUCUGACCAUCAGCGCGUUGAAUAAUCCCAAUCCAAAUGCACCCCAUGUAAUUUCAUCCUUUGAUGAUCUUAGUGUCACAUUAGACCUUCCCUCUAGCAAACUUAGGUUCUUUCUUGUUAAAGGUUCUCCCUUUAUUACGUGUAGUGUUAUUGAAAAUGUAGCCAUAUCGAUUUCGACAAUUCACGCCAUUCUUGAAUGUUCACCCAAUGGUAAUCGUACUAAAUAUACCAUCAAGCUAAAUAAUGGGCAAACUUGGGUUUUGUAUGCUUCAUCCCCAAUUGAUUUGAGCAAUGAUGUAUCGUCUAUCACGUCUGGUGUGUUUUCAGGUAUUAUUAGGAUUGCUUGUUUGCCAAGUUCUGAUCAAACUAGUGAAGCAGUUCUUGAUCGUUUCAGUUCUUGUUAUCCUACAAGUGGUAAUGCUGUUUUCAAGCAGCCAUUUUGCUUGGAGUACAAGUGGGAAAAGAAGGGAUGGGGUGACUUGCUUAUGCUGGCUCAUCCCCUCCAUCUUCAGCUCCUUUCUGCUGAAGAUAGCUCUGUAACUGUCUUGGAGGGAUUUAAGUACAAUAGUAUUGAUGGUGAGCUUGUGGGUGUCGUUGGAGACUCAUGGAUAUUGAAGAGUGACCCUGUUUCUGUAACAUGGCAUUCCACUAAAGGUGUUAAGGAGGAGGCAUUUCUAGAGAUAAUUGACGCAUUGAAUAAGGAUGUUGCUUCCUUGGAUUCGAAGGGAAUAUCUACAACAUCAUCUUAUUUUUAUGGAAAAUUGAUUGCAAGAGCAGCAAGGCUGGCAUUGAUAGCUGAAGAGGUUUGUCACCUUGAUGUUAUCCCUGCAAUCUGCAAAUUCUUGAAGGAUACAGUUGAACCAUGGUUGGAGGGGACUUUCCAAGCAAAUGGUUUCUUUUAUGAAUCAAAAUGGGGUGGAAUUGUGACUAAGCAAGGGGCGUUGGAUUCGGGAGCUGACUUUGGUUUUGGGGUCUAUAAUGAUCACCAUUUUCAUAUUGGUCAUUUCCUUUAUGCGAUUGCAGUGCUAGCCAAGAUAGAGCCCAUCUGGGGGAGGAAGUAUAAGCCACAAGCUUAUGCACUUAUGGCAGAUUUUAUGAAUUUGAGCAGGCGAUCAAAUUCAAAGUAUGCCCGCCUGAGGUGUUUUGACUUGUGGAAGUUGCAUUCUUGGGCUGGGGGAUUGACAGAGUUUGCAGAUGGACGAAACCAAGAGAGCACAAGUGAAGCAGUUAAUGCAUACUAUUCAGCAGCUUUGAUGGGUUUGGCCUAUGGGGAUACCCAUCUUGUUGCCAUUGGAUCGACCCUUUCAGCUUUAGAGAUUCAUUCUGCACAGACUUGGUGGCAUGUGAAAGAGGGAAGCACUUUAUAUGGGGAAGAAUUCACAAAAAACAACAGGGUGGUGGGUGUUUUAUGGUCUAACAAAAGGGAUAGCGGCCUUUGGUUUGCUCCACCUGAAUGGAAAGAGUGUAGACUUGGAAUUCAGGUCUUACCAAUAUUGCCCAUUACUGAACUUCUGUUUUCAGACGUGCAGUUUGUGAAGCAGUUGGUCGAAUGGACACUGCCAGCUCUGGCAAGGGAAGGGGUUGGAGAAGGAUGGAAAGGGUUUGUGUAUACUUUGGAAGCAAUAUAUGAUAAAGUGGGUGCUUUGAACAAAACUAGGAGCUUAACUGGGUUUGAUGAUGGAAAUUCUCUUUCAAAUCUUCUAUGGUGGAUUCAUUCUAGAGAUAAUGAAGUGGCAGAAGGUGAUAGAGGAAGCAAGUUCUGCUGGUUCCGACACUACUCUCAUUGAUUCUUUUACGGUGUCUUACAUUUUGAGUAUUCUCAAUAUGAUCUGAUGGGAACCAUUAAAAAAAAAGGAUACUUAGUUUGGUGAUUUGGUAUUUGUCUUUUCUCUUUCUGUAUAUAAAUUUGGAGCGCUUUUUUGCAGCACAAUGCUCUGUGAUAUGAUUGCUGUAAUUUUCCGCCAGAUUGCUAUGAAUAAAAGUCCAACUUUGCCAAAAUUUUGGUUA